AUUCUUCCAUGACACAUGCAUUUGCAACAUUUCCUGAAUCUUGUUCUUCAAACUCUUCUUUCUAGCUCUAGCUCCUUCAAUUACCUCUGAUUAGCGCGGUAGUUGCAGGCUCCGCCGGGCCUUUAAUUUAGUCCAAAUAACCCUCUUCAAAUCCUCUAAAACCGCGCCAAAAUGCUACGAGCUGCCAGAGUUGUCUCUCGCGAAAUAUGCCGAAAUCAGCACGCGGAAGGGUCUCUGCUUCAUCAAGCCGCGUCGGCUAGAGGAUAUAUCAUCCGUCACCGGGCGACACGCCUCACCGUGCUGGUUUCCCUAGAGACUUUGACGGCAGCAGGAGGACUUCCGACGAACCCAAAUCUCAGCGGAGAUAGAAAUGCGGAGUCCGCAUCGUGUGGCGCUACGAGCUGUGAAUCUCCUACUGAGGCAAGCCCCCAAGGACCCGCCAUAAGCUUGUGGAGGCCGGGAGCUUUCAUGCCGACGCCGGUCAGCGUUCGCAGCCCGAAUGCAACGGUCGUGCGACGUCGCGCAUUUUCGUCGCUCGACAUGGACCUUGAAUGGGGACGGGUGGCGCCUGACUCGGAGACUCGCACGGUCACGUCGCAGAGCCAACCGCGUGAUAUGCGACGUGGGCGAUCGCUCAGCGACGUCGGUCUUACGAGCUGCUUGGCGUCGCCGACGAAGCCCAAGCGCUCCCCGGACCGCCAUGUGUCGUUCAAUCCGCUCGUCCGCGUGCGCGCGAUCCCCCCGCGCCCUUUCGCCAUCGCCACCGCCAGCGAUAUUUUAGCCGCCAACGCCGCAGAAACAGUCCCUCGAGCGACAUGAUUCCACUCCCGAUGCAGAUUGGAUCGCCGCAAAAGCAGCCUCCUCCUAUUAAUCCUACUAACUCUAUUAUUCUCAGUUACGCUUCCUCUCUGCCUGCUAUGCUGUUCAAGUCUGGUGUUCUAUGCCACCUGACCUGAGCCACUGACUUGGUCUAACAGAAGCGGUUCCUUCAUUCAUGAAUUGUGGUAGGACUAGUACGGUAAAUAAUAUCUGGGAGCUCGGGAUGGGCGGGGACUAAGGAUAGUUUAUUCUCUCGUUACAUACAGACCCAUUACUAGAACAUCAUUUCAUUGAUUGUCCGAUGUGCCUGCAUGACGAGUUGUGCACGCAGUUUUAGACUACGCCUUCGGGAUGUUUCAA